UUAACCGUCAAACGUAGUAAAACCUGUACGAAUAUCCACCUUUUUAAGUUCCGCCGUGAUCGUUUCCGAACAUCUUAAUUUCACGGUAUCUUUUAAUAGCCGCAUUACACCGAAAACAUCACGCGUUACUUUUUAAUAGUCGACGACAUUACACAAUUUAGCAAAAACCUAACCUAAAAAAAUCCGACCGUUUCCUUUUGUCCGUUUUUAACGUGCUUUCGUACGGGAAUUUAGUCAAAGCGAAAAGAUGGCAGACGAAAAUCGUAUUCGUUCUUUUAAGAACAAGGGGAAAGACACCGAAGAAAUGCGACGAAGAAGGAUCGCUCAAACUGUUGAAUUGAGGAAGGCAAGGAAAGAUGAUCAAUUGCUUAAAAGGCGUAAUGUUGAUGCGUCUGAAGAAGCUACUUCUCCGUUGCAGGAGAGUAAUAACUCAUUGUCUCCUGUUACGAUGCGUACUGAGGAGAUUUUACAUGGGAUGAUGAGUAACGAUGAAACCGUACAACUUAAAGCAACGGAAGCUUGCCGAAAAAUUCUUAGUAGGGAGCGUAACCCUCCGAUUGAUCAUAUGAUUCGAUUGGGUGUUGUUCCAAGAUGCGUUGACUUUUUAACUCGUAACAAUAACCCAUCUCUCCAAUUUGAAGCUUGUUGGGCUUUAACCAACAUUGCUUCUGGUACAUCUGAACAGACCCAAGCUGUGGUUGCAGAAGGAGCUUUACCUAAACUCCAAGCUUUACUUCUUUCAAAACGAAUGGAUAUUGUGGAACAAGCAGUUUGGGCUAUUGGUAACAUUGCCGGAGAUGGAGCUGAAACGAGAGAUAUGGUUCUCCAUUCCAGAGUUAUGCCCAUGUUGCUUGCUUUAAUUACACCAGAAACAACUCUUUCACUUUUAAGAAACACUGUUUGGGCUCUAUCAAAUUUGUGCCGUAAUAAAAAUCCCCCUCCAGAUUUUGAGUUAGUUAAGGGAGCUCUUCCUGUGUUAGCCCAACUCUUGCAUUAUAAUGAUAAAGAUGUUUUGGCUGAUACAUGUUGGGCUUUGAGUUAUCUUACUGAUGGUAGUAAUGAGAAAAUUCAAGCUAUUAUUGAUACUGGGUUAGUUCCAAGGUUGGUCCAAUUAUUGCAUAGUCAAGAAAUCACAGUAUUAACUCCUGCAUUGAGAUCAGUUGGAAAUAUUGUUACAGGAAAUGAUAAUCAGACUGAUAUAAUAAUAAACGCUGGAGCUUUGGCUUGUAUGAGUCGUUUAUUAUCACAUAAUCGUUUCAACAUUGUCAAAGAAGCAGCUUGGAUGAUAUCAAAUAUCACAGCAGGAAAUUCAGAGCAGAUCCAAAAAGUUAUUGAUGCCGGUAUUAUGAAACCUUUAUUAAGUGUUUUACAAACGGCUGAUUUUAAAUCUCAAAAAGAAGCAGCUUGGGCAUUAACAAAUUAUACAAGCGGUGGUACAACUCAGCAAUUGGGAAAAUUGGUCGAAAUGGGAGCUUUAAAACCAAUGUGUAAUUUGUUGAAUUCUAAAGAUUGGAAGACUGUCAGUGUUAUUUUAGAUGGGCUUAACAACAUUUUGAGUGCUGCAUCAAAAUUAGGGGAAGGUGAAAAAGUGGCAAUAAUGAUUGAAGAAUGUGGUGGUUUGGAUUCUUUGGAAGCGCUUCAAUCGCAUGAGAACGAAAAAGUCUAUGAAAAAUCUUUAGUUUUGAUUGAAAAUUAUUUCUCAGAUGGAAUGCAAGGAGAAGAAGUUCCUCAUACAAACCAAGAUGGUCAAAUUGUACUCAAUCCUCAAGCGUUCCAAAAUGCUCCAAGUGGUGACUUCAAUUUUUAAUAUUUUCAAAUAAACGCCCAAUUUUUGUUUCUCGUUUUCAAGUAAUUGUAAUCUCUUAAUAUUCAUUCCGCGUUAAGUGUUAUAAAUUGUACUUUUUUUCGUAUUUUGUAGUUUUAAUUUGUUUCGUUUUCUAUAAUUAAAAACAAUUAAUUUUUUCGAUAAUAAUAUGUAUUUGUAAGGUUUCUAACUCUUUUUCUUAUAAACAAUAAAGCUUUAGUAGAAAAAUAA